GAGUUGUCAGAUAAAUUAAAUAAAAAUCAUUGUGCUCGUUGAAUCUACUACACUUACAUGAUGUUUCGCAACAACAGAAUCCAAAAUCAACAGUUAUCUCUCACAGACAUGCUCGCAUUUCCAAAAAAAUGGGACCUUUAUAAAAAACAAUUUAGUAAAGAAUACAAAGAUAAGGAUGAGGACACGAUACACAAACAAAUUUAUUUUUCCCGGUACGCACAAAUGGAAGAAAACAAUAAAAAAGUCAAAGAAAAUUUAGUAUAUUUUAAAAUAAAUCAUACCGAGUUCAGCGAUCUAACUGAAGAAGAAAUCCAAGCUUAUUAUUUGAAGAACCCUACCGAAAAAGCUAACAACUUCAUAGCGGGAAAAAGCCCUGAGGAACAGUGGGAAAACUUCAAAAAACAAAUGAAAAAGAGAUUUAGCUCGCAAAGCGAAGAAGACAUUCCGAAAUUUUUUUUCUUUUCAAAGAUAAAGGAGGUUGAGGGGCAAGUAAGCAAUCUGAAGAAAAUCGGCCUUGCUGUUGAUUUACAACACGUGAAUCAUUACUGUGACUACGAUAAAAAAAACUCUGCGAAAACGUUCCUCGAUGAAAUUUUGAAUGAAGAAACACCCAAAGGGAAGAAACGAAGAUUCGAAGUGUUUUUUUAAAAUGUAGACUAAAGGUUUUAAAUGUUAAGAGGGAUUCUGAAGAAAACAAAG